GUUGGGGAAGCGAGGUCUGCAUCUCUGGCCCAGAGUCUGGGCGCCAUUCCGCCAGAGGCUCCGGAUUCGAGCGCGCAUGACCCACGACGGCUGUCUCCCUCUGCUAGUGCUCGCUCUGUGCAGCCUCAGCCUCCACGUCGGCGUCCAGGCCUUCGUUCGAGUUCCUGGUCUCGACGCGCUGUAUGAAGCCGUAUGUCCGUAUCUCGGCUGCGUGGCUGAAGCUGACGUCGGUGUCUCCAUCAUAAAUUACGAUUUGUUCCCGACCGAGAUGCCGUUAGAGCUGCUCGGAGAGGAGUCUGUGCGCAAAUACCCUGCGUUCCCACACCCGCCCCUGCUAGUGGCGGCAGGAACACGUGACGCUGUAGUUCUGCGCUGGCGAACCUAUGAGACGCUACUGUGGCCUGUUGAUCGCUUCAUCCUCCAGCGAUACCCAAAUACAGAAGACAAACCACAGUGGACCACUAUACUAGACGAGAAAACUUCGGACUUGAUCGAUUUGGACGUCCAGUCCGGACGAAGAUAUGUAUACCGUAUACAAGCCAUCUGCAGAGAGAAUGUAUCGAGCGCAUAUGAAUACCAUUGGACACAGGUGGAUGACGUGAAGAGCCGCACAGCUACGUAUCGCGUACUGAGCUCAGUCGGAACACUCAAUGCCGAGGGGCUACAUUCUCUCGGCCUCAUCUUCGCUUGUUUCUUGACGGUCUAUGGCCUCAUGCGAGCCAGUGUCAUGGGCGUUCAAGGCACACAGUCUCGUAGAUAUCGCUUGAAACGGAUUACGAAGUCCACAUCAGAGGUAGCGAUCCCCGUAGGUAGUAUAUCUACGGGACAGGGGCUCUCCAUGAUACCAAGACGGUCCUCAACAUCGACGUCCAGCUCGUCAUUGUCCGUGGAAGUCGAUCCUAGUCUACGCGGUAGCCUGUUCGAACCCACCCCCACCAGCACGACUGCCACUACUAGUUUGACGCGUGCACACAGCAAUAUGGACGCUGUCCCCCGCCACGAAUCUUCCCAAACUUUCCGGACCAUGUCGCGCUCGAUCGGGACUAUCAACGAGAAGGCCACUCAAUGCCAACAUUGCCGAAAGCGUUUCGGACUCUUCCGGAAACGGUAUAUCUGUGAUAUUUGUCACUCGGCGUCGUUGUGUCGGAAAUGCGGCUACCAGGCUUCAGUAGACAGCUUCGCCAACGCGAGGACUGGGAUGCAGAUGAACUCGGUCGCCGGCCGCGGAAAGGGUCGGCGCAGGUUAAGUAUCAGUCAACAGCAGCAAAAGAAACUCAAGAUAAGAACCAUCUGUAGGAACUGCUGCGACGACAUGUACCGCUACUCCACCCACCCGAGCGUGAGACCGUCGUAUAUCCCUUCAGAAAUACCGCAACGGAAGUGCUCCGGAGAACGGGACUACGUUACGUUCCGUAGCUUAAAAGUUAAGUGUGCAGCUCGCAUAUUGAAGUUGCCACGUUAUUUUUGGCUCCACUCAAAGGCAGGAAGCACUCGAUCCAAGCACGGCUCGGCUAUCCGAUUCAUCAACGCGGUGUAUGGCGUGUAUGGCAGCGUUAGUGCACUGCAAGUGGUGCCGCUACACAACGCGCGCCAACGCGAUCGGCCGCUGGCCAACGCGCGCCAAUCAAUCGGCUAUACGCGUCGCUCGUGUCGGCGCAGGAGCCGCAAGAGCACAACCCAAGUAAACCACCGACAUAAGAACAUGAGUGAACUGCAAGGCCGCGUAUUCGCCCGUCAGACCGCGUUCAACGCGCUCGCCGAGGAUUUGCGUGAGCAGACGGCGGAGGCGCAGACGUAUCUGACCGAGAAGAAGGUCGAGAUCUUCACGGUGCACCACUCGGCGCUCGUCAAGGUGCCGCAGAGCGUACGUGGCAAGGAACUCGUCGACUUCUUGGACAAGUGGCUCACCCCCGAGGAGGAGAAAACGGAAGUCGUCGUCGCCGCUGAGCCUGAGAAGAAGGAAGAGGCUGCGACGGAGGAGAAAGACGCCGUCAAGGCCGAAGAGGAGGCCCCCAAGGCCGAAGAGGAGGCUCCUAAGGCUGAGGAAGUGGUGAAGGCGGAGGAUGAAGCCCCCAAGGAAGAUACUGAAGCUGCGAAGGCCGAGGAAGCGCCCAAGGAGGCCAAGAAAGAAGACAAGAAGAAGGAGAAGAAGGUGGACAAGCCUUCGCCGUACCGUGCGCGUGCCAAGGAGAUCGCCGAGGCGCUGGUUCUGUCGGGCUUCAUCACGUCAUACAAAGAUCGCGUCAAGAACUAUUUGGCCGAGGCUCCCAAGGAGUAUGUGACGGACAGCGAGCUGUUUGUAGCCAUCCCCGCGACCGUCACGGAGUCCAAGGACACGACGGUGUGGGACGUCGUCGACGGCGCCAUCUACGCGUCGCAGCUGAAGCGUAAAGCUGGCGUAUUCUCGGCCUUCACGCAGGGCAAAGACGUGUACGUUGUGGCCAAUGAAAAGACGAACAAGAUCCACUUCUUCGAGUCCGACGUGGCGCGCACGGCUCUGGCCGAAUACACCGCUGCCGACGGCUUCGUGCAGUUCGACAACGCACACUUCCAGUUCGGCGUCAAGCUCGUGUAUGGCGACAAGUUGGAGCUGCUCAACUUGGUGACAAAGGAAGGCCAGGAAGCUUUCCUCAACACGCUCCUGAACGUCGGUGUGCAGUACCGUGAAGUGUACAACCUGGCAGCUGAAGAGGCCAAGUCGUUCUACGAACUCAAGGACUUUGACAUGGACAAGAAGGAGGUGAGUAUGGAGGACUACAAGGGCAAGGUCGUGCUGGUGGUCAACGUGUCGAGCAAGUGUGGUCUGACCCCCACGAACUACCCGGAACUACAGCAGCUGCACGAGAAAUACCACGAAGAAGGCCUCGUGGUGCUGGGCUUCCCGUGCAACCAGUUCGCUGGCCAGGAGCCUGGUACGCACGAAGAGAUCCUCGAGUUUGUCAAGCAGUACAAUGUUACGUUCCCGCUCUUUGAGAAGCACGACGUCAACGGCUCGAAUGCCCGACCGGUGUUCACGUACUUGAAGGCGAAGCUGCCGGGCACGUUCGGCAACUACAUCAAGUGGAACUUCACCAAGUUCCUGGUGGACCGCAACGGCCAGCCGUUCAAGCGCUUUGCACCGAAGGAUCUCCCUCCGUCCUUCGAGGAGGAUAUCAAGGAACUGCUGGCGAAGGCGCCGGAACCGGAGAAGACGGAGGAAGAGACCAAGGAGGAGGUUGCAUCGGCUAAGUCGGACGACGAGACAGUGGAGAAGAAGGAGGAGGUCAAGACGGAGAAGAAGGAAGAGGUCAAGGCUGACAAGGAAGAGGCUGCUGCUACGACGGAGGAGGCACCGAAGGAGGAGACUGUCAAGUCGGAAGACGUGGCGGUUGCCGUGACCGCACCGUAAAGUCGAGCGCUCACCCCAUCGGCACCGAAAAAAUCCCGGUAGUUAGUUGCUGCGUAGCUUAUGCAUUGGUUUUUAUUGGUACGUUUUUGUAAUAGCAAAGUCAGCAAUUGCAAGUAUGCAA